ACUCCCCAUCCACCGUAUAAAAUCCCGGUACCGCCCCGAGAGGGAGGCGCGGUGCGGUACGGCUGCCCUCCCAAACCCUCCUCCUCCUCUCUAUCGUCCCUCUGCCAUUGUAUCCACGCCCUUCGGAUCUCCGAUCCUAUCCGAAUCCGUCGAAAAAAAUACCCAAAAAAAUCGAGAAAAGAAAACCCUAAAAAAGAGUGAAUCCUUUUCUCUCUCGGUCUCGGUAUCUCUAUCCUUUUGAAUCCGUGAGAGGAACGAGGGUUUGCUUUUCUUGUUGUUCUUCUUGUCGUGGUUCUUGAUCUCCUAGUGUUUGUCCUGAGGAGUGCGGGAAAACAGGGGGAAAGGAGGGUUUUUUUUCGAGGAUCGAUCUGAGAGAUGGCGCAGGUCCAGGCUCGGCCGCAGACGCCAGUGUCCGGAUCAGCGGGGGCUGGGGCGGAGAGCGGCGGCGGGGGGAACCAGUUCCCGUCGACUUCUCUGUAUGUCGGGGACUUGGAGCUGAACGUGACGGACGCGCAGCUGUUCGAGACGUUCAGCCAGCUCGGGCAGGUGGUAUCGGUUCGCGUCUGCCGGGAUAUCAACACCCGCCGCUCCCUCGGCUACGCCUACGUGAACUACAGCAACCCGGUUGAUGCGGGAAGGGCAUUGGAAGUGCUGAACUUUACCCCUCUUAAUGGAAAACCUAUUCGGAUGAUGUAUUCAAAUCGUGACCCUAGCCUGCGUAAAAGUGGGGCAGGGAAUAUAUUUAUUAAGAAUCUGGACAAGUCAAUAGACAACAAAGCAUUGUAUGAUACAUUUUCUGUAUUUGGAAAUAUUCUUUCUUGCAAGAUUGCCACAGAUCCAUCUGGUCAGUCAAAAGGCUAUGGAUUUGUUCAGUUCGAGCAAGAGGAAGCAGCACAGAAUGCAAUAGCAAAGCUAAACGGCAUGCUUUUGAAUGAUAAGAAAGUUUUUGUCGGACCUUUUCUUCGUAAGCAAGAAAGGGAGAAUGCUGCAAGCAGCACAAAAUUUAAUAAUGUAUUUGUAAAAAAUCUUUCGGAGUCUACAACAGAAGAUAAUUUACGAGAAAUUUUUGGUCAAUAUGGAAAUAUUACGAGUGUUGUUGUAAUGAGGACAGGUGAUGGGAGAUCGAAGUGCUUUGGAUUUGUUAAUUUUGAGGAUCCAGAUCAUGCUGCUAAGGCUGUUUACGAACUUAAUGGGAAGAAAUUUGAUGAUAGAGAAUGGUAUGUUGGAAAAGCACAGAAAAAAUCUGAAAGGGAGAUGGAACUAAGAAGAAGAUUUGAGCAGAUUAUGAAGGAGGCAGCUGACCAAUAUCAAGGGACUAACUUGUACUUGAAGAACUUGGACGAUAGCAUUGGGGAUGAUAAACUGAGAGAAUUGUUUUCGGAGUUUGGCACAAUUACAUCUUGCAAGGUUAUGCGCGAUCCUAAUGGUGCAAGUAGAGGAUCUGGAUUUGUUGCCUUUAUGUCUCCUAAUGAUGCGUCUAAAGCUCUUGCGGAGAUGAAUGGCAAAAUGAUUGGCAGCAAACCUCUCUAUGUUGCACUUGCACAGCGUAAAGAAGACAGAAGAGCAAUGCUGCAGGCACAAUUUUCUCAGAUGCGUCCAGUGGCAAUCCCACCUUCAGUUGCUCCUCGUGUGCCAAUGUAUCCUCCUGGUGCUCCUGGUAUGGGACAACAACUAUUUUAUGGUCAACCACCUCCUACCCUUUUACCUCCUCAGCCUGGAUUCGGCUUCCAACAGCCACUUGUUCCCGGGAUGAGGCCUGGAGCGGCUCCUAUGCCAAACUUUUUCAUGCCAAUGGUCCAACAGGGUCAGCAGGCCCAACGCCCAGGUGGUAGACGAGCUGGUGGGGGCCCUGUGCAACAAACACAGCAGCACCCUAUGCCACUGAUUCCCCAACAGAUGCUUCCUCGGGGGGGACGUGCCUACCGCUACCCUCCUGGGCGCAGCAUGCCAGAUGUGCCGGUGCCUGGUGUUGCUGGAGGAAUGCUCUCUGCCCCUUACGACAUAGGGGGUAUGCCCCUAAGAGAUCCUGGCAUGUCACAGCCUAUUCCGAUUGGAGCAUUGGCUUCAGCUCUUGCAAAUGCUAGUCCUGAGCAGCAGAGAACGAUGCUUGGUGAGAGUCUAUAUCCACUUGUGGAUCAGCUGGAGCAUGAACACGCGGCCAAAGUCACCGGCAUGCUUCUUGAAAUGGACCAGACAGAAGUGCUGCAUCUGUUGGAGUCCCCAGAGUCCUUGAAAGCCAAAGUUGCUGAGGCUAUGGAAGUCCUGAGAAAUGUUGCUCAGCAGCAGCAGCAGCAGCAGGCCAGCACCCCAACUGAUCAGUUGGCUGCUCUGUCGCUGAAUGAUGGCCUUGUUAGUUGAGUUGAUACAUUUAGUCCUUUAGAUUGGAGGGAUUUUGCAUGAACAAUUUGAAUUUGUUUGAGUAGCAGAUGGUUGUGUGGUGACUUUUUUUUUCUUUUCUCAAAACAAAAUAUUUAAUUUUGAAGCGGGCUGUUUGAUAGGCUGACUUUUUAGUUUAUAGAAUGCUUUAAUUUCUAGUAGCAUAUUUUGCUAUUGCUUCUUCCCUCUUCA